GACCCAGAAAGAGCCUCCAAGGAUUUGCAUAGCUAUGUUGUGGGACUUCAUGUCCCAACGUGCAAUGUAACGCUUAACGUCAUAUUUGUGCUUCUUCUUCCCGAGCCUCGGACAACUAGCUAGUAACGCUAGCAGUUAGCGAAGAAGACUCCUUCAUCCAGUGACUUAUGUGUCAUGUCAUGGAACUGAGAGACAUGAUCAAGAGCUAGAACCGACCGUGCUACUUAUUUACCUACCUGUGUUUGUGCCUGUUUGACAACGCUUUUACCACAUCAGAGGGUAUAUCUGUGACCUGUGGACGGUUCUGAUAACGAAUGCGUUGUUUGCAUUGCCGAGCAGUGCCCAGGAAAUAAUACAAUCUAACUGUUAAAUGCUAUCAAAACCAAACAUGGAUGUCAUUGUUUUGCGCGCACACGCGCCAUUCUACUUCCUGUCUGCGACAGCAUGGUGCCAGUAGUGCAAGUUUGUGUUUUGAUUUGGGGGGGGUUGCAUCUAACAGAUGGAUGUAAUUCUUCAUUGGGCACUGCUCAGCGACACAAAACGAUGAGUUUUCAAUCACAAUCGUCUGCCAAUUACGGAUAUACCUUUGUUUUGUGGGAAACGUGACGCCAAACAGGGACAGUCACGGGCUGGCAGAUAACUUGCAAGCUUUAACCAUGGUGAUGAAGUCAUCAGUUGAGGAUGAUGAUGUGGGAUGGGGACUGGGUGUCCCAGAGAAGAUGAGGAACAAUGCAAACUGGGUGGACAUUACACAUGACUUCAAAGAGGCAUGCAAAGAGCUCAACCUUGGGGAGUUGCUCCAUGACAAAUUGUUUGGCCUGUUUGAGGCUAUGUCCGCCAUUGAGAUGAUGGACCCCAAGAUGGACGCCGGGAUGAUUGGCAACCAGGUCAACAGGAAAGUCCUCAGCUUUGAACAGGCAGUCAAGGAUGGUUCCAUCAGAGUGAGGGACCUCAGUCUUCCAGAGCUGAUUGGGAUCAUGGACACCUGUUUCUGCUGCUUGAUCACCUGGCUGGAGGGUCACUCCCUAGCCCAGACAGUAUUCACCUGCCUGUACGUCCACAACCCCGACCUCAUCGAGGACCCGGCCCUCAAGGCCUUCGCUCUGGGCAUCCUCAAGGUGUGUGACAUCGCCCGCGAGAAAGUCAACAAAGCCGCAGUGUUCGAGGAGGAGGAUUUCCAGGCCAUGACGUAUGGCUUCAAGAUGGCCAACAAUGUGACAGAUUUACGGGUUACAGGUAUGCUAAAGGAUGUGGAGGAAGAGUUACAGAGGAGAGUUAAGAGCACACGCAGUCGCCAGGGCGAGCAGCGGAACCCAGGGGUGGAGUUGGAACAUCAGCAAUGGAUAGCACUUUUCAGUAGGAUCAAGUUUACACGUCUUCUACUGACAGCGCUGAUCGCCUUCACUAAGAAAGAGACCAGCUCAGUGAGCGAAACCCAGAAACUCAUGCAGCAGGCAGCAGAUCUCCUCCCAGCCCUCCACUCUAGCAUCGAGCAUGGCAUUCAGUACCAGAACGAUACUACUAAAGGAGAUCAACCGAUCAUGAUGGGGUUUGAACCGCUGGUGAACCAGAGACUGCUGCCCCCCACCUUCCCCCGCUAUGCCAAGAUCCUCAAGAGGGAGGAGAUGGUCAACUACUUCAGCAAGCUCAUCGACCGCAUCAAGACCGUGUGCGAGGUCAUCAACACAACUAACCUACAUGGAAUUCUGGACUUUUUCUGCGAGUUCAGUGAGCAGUCCCCUUGCGUCCUCUCCAGGUCUCUGCUGCAGACAACGUUCCUGAUAGAUAAUAAGAAAGUGUUUGGGACCCAACCAAUGCAGGACUUGAUCAAAGACGCUCUGAGGUACUUUGUCAGCCCGCCGGUGCUCUCCUCCAAGUGCUGCCUGCAUAAUAACCACCAGGCCAAGGACUACAUUGAAUCCUUUGUCACACACUGCUCAAGGCCCUUUUGCAGUCUCAUCCAAAUCCACGGACACAACCGCGCUCGGCAGAGAGACAAACUAGGCCACAUCCUGGAGGAGUUUGCCACACUGCAGGAUGAGGCAGAGAAGGUGGACGCGGCACUGCACAGCCUGCUGAUGAAGUUGGAGCCCCAGAGACAGCACCUGGCCUGCCUGGGCACCUGGAUCCUCUACCACAACCUGCGCAUCAUGAUCCAGUACCUGCUCAGCGGCUUCGAGCUAGAACUCUACAGCAUGCACGAGUACUACUACAUCUACUGGUAUCUGUCAGAGUUCCUGUACGCGUGGCUCAUGUCCACUCUGAGUCGGGCGGACAGCUCUCAGGUGGCUGAGGAGCGCCUCCUGGAGGAGCAGCAGAAAGGGCGCAGCAGCAAGAAAACCAAGAAGAAGAAGAAAGGCCAAGGGGCUCGCCCCCUCAGCAGAGAAAUCACCAUGAGCCAAGCCUACCAAAACAUGUGUGCUGGCAUGUACAAGACUAUGAUCGCCCUGGAUAUGGACAGGAAGGUGCGGAAGCCGCAGUUUGAGUUGGACAGCGAGCAGGUGCGCUACGAGCACCGCUUUGCCCCCUUCAACAGCGUGGUCACGCCACCGCCAGUCCAUUACAUCCAGUUCAAGGAGAUGUCCGAUCUGAAGAAGUACAGUCCUCCUCCCAAGUCAGCUGACCUCUACAUGGCGGCCAGCAAACACUUCCAGCAAGCCAAACUCAUCCUGGAGAACGUCCCCACCCCUGACCCAGAGGUGAAUCGGAUCCUAAAAGUUGCCAAACCCAACAUUGUGGUCAUGAAGCUACUUGCCGGGGGGCACAAGGAGACAAAGGUACUACCAGAGUUUGAUUUCUCUGCUCACAAGUACUUCCCUGUGGUCAGGAUCAUCUGAAUCCAAGCCCUGCAUUACUAUGACAACUCAAACCCAGUACCCUCCUCCCUGACCCAAGUGUGGCGUGUGAGCCCAAAACGGAGACCAACUCAACAAUAUUCUCGUCUGUGUUACUCUAUCUCACUCUGGUAGGACAGAGACAGCAACAUUGUUAUAUAUGUCCCAUUAUGGCACCUGAAAUCAUGGCCAUCUCCAUUUUGAAGUAGUCCAUUUUCUUCUACUCCUAUGAGUUGGUAAACAAACUUAAAGGUGGCAUACUGCCACCUAUGGUGUGUUGUUUAAAUGGGUAUAAAGCCAGAUUUACUGCCACCUGCAGUUAUGGAAUGUUUUCUGACUAGUAUAAUUCAUUGGCUGAUCCCUCCUGAUGACCUGGAUGGAAUUAUGUGAUCCUUCCUUAACCCAUAGGAAGUCUCACCCAGUUGACUACUUCAAAAUGGUGGAAGUCCUCAGUUGCACUGCCCUUGCUAAAACAGGCUUUUGGGGCCCUAGAGUCCUCUACCUCUGUGGCAUUGACCCACAAAGGACUACAAAUACCAGACAUCCCAGAGGACGGACAAAACUACAUCCUCAACAAUUCCCAAAACAAAUUUGACUAUGGAUUUACAAUGAUUUAUUUUUUGUAAUCUCUGUCAUACACUUCCUCAAUAAAAACGUGUGAUUAUUUAACA